ACUGUUCAUGCGCGCCCCCGAGGGUGCGCGGCAUGGUGAUCAGUGGUGCGCUGUGUCCCUGGGACACAGUAGAUCACCGAUCACAAGGGGACAUGUACACUGAUCAUUAGGGCACUGAUGAUCCAUGCCCUGAUGAUUAGUGUAGUCCCACAUACCAUUGCCCAUCAGUGAACAUCAAUGCCACAUAUCAGUGCCCAUCAGAGCCGCCUUUCAGUGCUAUCAGUGCCAGUCAGUGACGCCUAUCAGUGCCAGUCAGUGCCACAUAUCAGUGGUGCCUAUCAGGGCCCAUCAGUGCCGCCUAACAGUUUCAAUCAAUGCGCCUAACAGUUCCAAUCAGUGCUGUUUAUCAGUGCCACCUAUCAGUG